UUGGAAAGCAGGGCAUGGUUUCAAAAAUGUCGAACAGUUCCUCCGACCUCCAUAGUCAUCUUCUCCGGAUAUCUGAACCUAUAACAGAGUUGCUCGGACGAACACGGUGUAUUCCGCAAGAGAGCAGCAAUGUUUCGACCAAAGAGAUUCUCUUGUCCCUCUUACCAAACCCAUCUUCCCGCCCAAGCUCAAGGGAUUCUGAUACCGAGAUCCAUGCUUCGAUCAGGCACUUCGUUUUGGCUUGUGCCCUUCUCUCGUCUUCCCGAUCCUCCGAUCACGAACUCCUCUCAUGGAUUCCUGAAAACCUAUCUCUCGCUGCCGAAUCUGCUUUUCGUGAGUUUUCGAGUGUUUAUUUUGGGUGUUUCCCCCGGAAGAAUGCUGAGGGGCUCGGAGAAGAGAGGAGGUUGGUGAUCGAAUUAUUGCCCGAAGUUUUGCCUGAGCUGAAAGGUAGAAUCAAGGAGAGUUCGAUCGGUAAGGGCACAGACACAGAUGAUAUUUCAUCUACAAUGACGAGAACUCCUGUCGGGUACGCGAUUCUGUCUGCUUAUCAGCUCAGAUGGUUUGUGUCUCAGGUUGAGAAACCACAUUUGGGACAACUAUGCAACUUGGUGAUCCCUUGUGCUUUGACAGCACUCGAUCACUGGUCUCAUGAAGUCAAAGGGCAGGGUAUGAUUUGCUUUGUACAUCUCACCAAAAACGUGACUGGUCCUGAGCUCAGUUUGUAUGGAGAUGUCAUUCUUGAUGCAUGCUGCCAGAAUAUUGUGUCUGCAGACGAAAUAUGGAUACAUGUUGUAGAGAUGUCUGUGCUCCUUUUGACUGAAAUCCAGCGGAAUAAUCCCCGUAGCUCAUGGUUUGAGAGGAUCUUGAAUGAGAUGCUCGGCCACCUAGAACGCCAGCCGGGAAAUAAGGAGCGGCGUAUUGCUUGGCUAAGAUUCAUUGAGCCGCUUUUUAAUGCUCUAGGUCUUUUUCUACUGGCUCAUUUUCGACGUAUUUUUCCACUUUUCUUCCAAUGGAUGCAUGCAGAUGAUGAUGAAACUGUUUUGUUGGUUCUUGAGAAGGUGGAGACUGUCGUAAGAUUAACAUGGAUCAGAAACUCACCCCAUAUCACAAGAUUGGUGGAUGAGCUUGUCUCCUUAUAUAAAGAAUCCUCGAUGCGAAAGUCUCGUGAGGAUAUUAGGCGCCUUAUCCUCCGUGUAUUGACGUUACUCCGCGAGUGCAAAGGCCAACAAUUUGAAACAGCAUGGAUCAAGCACCAUGAAGACCCGAAUCUGAGAAUUGUGACCCAAAGCAUACAGUCUCUCCACGGCGCGAUGAGGUAUGAAACAAAAUAAACAUAGUCUCGCCAAAGGACCUCUGAGGGUUGCGGAAAAAAAACCGGACAGAGAAGAAGAGUAGGUUAAGCCAUUUGGAGGGUUUUUUUUACAUUGGAUCCAUUAUAGAGUAGAGCUCUUUUGGUGGUUUUGACGGUCUGCUGUCGUUUUGGUGGGUUACUGAGGUUUUGGUAAGUGGGUUUAUCUAAUACACGCUCUUUCUAAUUCUUUGUGGAGCUAUAACACACACACACACACACACAUAUCUGUUUGUCUCAAACAGAUGUUAGUGUUUUUUUCUCGAACA